AUUGGGAGCAUUUGUUAAUUUGGGCACGCCGCUGCGGCGUCGCUUUCCCAGCCGGUGUGUUCUCAGCGCGCAGGCGCGUAGGCGCUCUGCGGCGGAGGCCGCAGCAGUGCGCAGCCAUGCUGGCCGGCUCAUGGACGGCAAGGCGACGGGGGCUUUGCUGAGGAGCCCAUGGAGCGCAAGCGGUCCUCCCGCCGGCAUCACCACCACCACGGAGCCGGUGGGGCGGCCGCGUCAGCUGUGGCGCCGCCCGAGAACCGCUGCAAGUCGUGCUGCCGCAAGUUCACCGCGUUUCUCUUCUCGCACGUGGGUCUGUGCGCGCUCGUGGUCGGCUACAGCAUCCUGGGCGCGUUCGCCUUCCGCGCGCUCGAGGCGCCCUACGAGGUGGAGAAGGCCAGCCAGGUGAUCGCCAUGCGCCGUGACACCGUGGCGCGCCUGUGGGAGAUCACCGAUCGGCUCAAUGUGCUCUACAAGGAGAACUGGACGGCGGCAGUCUCGCACGAGAUACUGGACUUCCAGGCGCGUCUUAUAGCUGCCGUUAAGGACGGCUACGACGGCAAGGAGAUCGGCACGGGCGGCCAGCAAUGGUCCUUCUCGGGCGCCUUCCUCUACUCGCUCACUGUGAUCACUACCAUCGGUGAGUCUCUUGUGCGGCUGCAGACGAUUUGA